CAAUCUUGCAUACUUGGAUCUAGCAUUUAUCAAGAAUGCGAAAUUUUCACUCUUCAUCUUCAACUUCCGGCUUCUAAAGUGAACCGCAUAAUUGGUUUUCUUUCAUGCAACUGCCUGACGUCGUGUGUGCCAAGUCUUUCGGUCCUAAGUUCGAUUGUUUUGUUUCCAACGCCUAACCCACCCCUCUACCCAACUCAACACCACCGUCAAUCUCCAAUUCUCUAUGAUUAUACAGACAUGUCUUUUCACAGCGAUAUAAACGAUAGCUAUGAGGUUUAUGACCUUCAGCAAACUUUGCGGACAACCAACCUUGAGCUAAGCCUCGCAGAAAGCAAGCACGCGGUUGAAAUGAUUACCAAAGAUGAAGAUAUCAGACUGCUGCGUGUGAGGGAGUGUCUUCUGCAACAUCAAGUGGACGAUCUACGCGAGCAGCUCGACGAGGAACAGGCCCGUUCCGAUGCUCUUGAAUUGUCCCUUGAGGAGGCUAUGGCAUCACUAGACCAGUAUAAAGCAGAUUCGGAACAAACCAAGAACCAGAUGCGCACACAAAUACGGCAAACUGCAAACCUCAAGGCUGAACUGAGAGCUCUGGAGAACGCUACUGCCGAUUCGGACAAAAUAUUAUCCGAGAAGCUUGCCCUUACCCGCGAGUUGUCGUCGCUACGACCAGAAGUUGAACAUCUGCGCGCCCAGGUCGAAGCGAACCAAGGGCUCCUCGCUGAGAAGCUAUCGCUACAACGCGAAGUAACAUCAUUACAAGUUGAGCUAGAGAACGAGAAGCGCGCAACUGCACGGGCAAUGGCUAAGCACGGAAAGAAGCUUGCUCAGGAUGAGGAGCUCCGAGCCGAGUUGGAAGAUGUACGCAAGGAGCUCGCCAAGGAGAAGAAGGACCGCCUGAGAGCAGAGAGUGCGUUGGCGAAGGCGGAAAAGCGCGCAGAGCAGGCCCAGGCCGACCUCGAGGCUCAACAACAGGAGACGGAGCAAAUACAAGCGAAGCUGGACAAGGCGGAAAAGGCCGGCAUGAAGACUAGCAAACGAGAUCGGGCACGCGACGCUGAAUUGGCUGAGCUGCGGCAAGAGCUGGAGCAGGAAAGAGCUGCGAGGCAGAAGGCAGACGAAGGUGCUAGGCCAGACAAUGAGCAUGAUGCGGACGUAGAGACUCUGCGCAAGGAAUUGGAGAAAGAAAGGAAAGCGCGAGAGAAGGCGGAGCUGGCGGCCACGAAAGGUGUACAACAGGAUCAUAGCGCUGUUGACGAACUCCGCCAAGAGCUGGAUAAGGAGAAACGUGAACGCAAGGUAGCAGAGAAGGAGUAUAGCAAAAAGAUUGCCGAGCUGCAGGGGCGCAUCACGGUGCUUGAAGAUAAGCUGAGCGCGUUCCGUGACAAGCUCCGGACGACCAAGGAGAAGCUCAAGGAGAAGGAGGCUGAGCUGGAACAGAUGCAGGGCAACGGGUCAACAAUCAGAUCUACCAUCGAGGUUGCAAAGCCAACGAAGAAUCCCAAGAAGCGCACCGUACACGCGUUCGAUCCUGAUUCUACCAAUCUGGGAACUCCUGGAGACGGCCUGCGUAAUAAGAGAGCCAGGCUGCCCUUACGUGCUGCGUCCGUAUCUGCAAUCGCCGAAACGUCCAAUUUCUCCCUCACCCCACUCCUCAAUCGGAAAUCCGGCUUGUUACCUGCGGCUGCCAGUCCCAUUGUUGAAGAGGAGGAGGACGGGAAAGCGGGAGUAGAGGCAGAGGGUACGCCUAGCGUAGCACCGAGCAUGGUCGCAAAAAAGAUCCUUCAGCACAAGCUGAAGCCGCUAGCUCCAGCUGCAUCCAGGAAGGCCAAUGCCAAAUCAGCUCUGGAGAGGUCGGCUGAGGACGUUUCGAUCCAGCAGGAGACCAUUAAGAAUGCACCUGUUUCCGUGCCCCUCAAGGAUGGCGAUGGACCGUCCAGCCGCCUUGCGCCCAAGCUCAAACAACGCAAGUCACUACUCUCCUUCGCUGCCUUCACCGAGGAGCCGGCUCCGGAGAAGAAGAUGAAGAAGAAGAUGAAGAGGAAGGUUGGGGGUAAUGCCGCCCUUGGCAAUGGGACAUUGCUCGCCGCUGAUGAUGAUGACGACGAUGUACAAGGUCCACCGAUCAGUGGGAGAAGUCUUUUCGCAGCAAGGGCAUUGGGAAAGAAUGGAAGGACCAACAUGAGCUUCUUGAACUGAGCUUCAGUUAAGCUUCAUAGCUUGACAAAUAGUACACAUGGGGCUUUGCACUUUUGGGCGUUUACAGGCACGUGUCAUUGUUUGCAUAAGGGUUCGCGGGAUGGCUGGCUCAGUACAGAUUUACAGAUAUGAGGUCAUAAACGAAUUCUUUUCGGCAGC